AUGGGGACCGCAAAAUUUCUUCUCGUUUAUCGCAGGCAAGUGAAUCAGGUGAAUAACUGUUUGGUUUUCUUGCGCAAGCAAGAAAAUUUGAAAGCUGGUAAAAUAAUCCCUUACUUGCGCGGAGGGGUAGUUUUAAAACGCUGAUCUGCUUUGUUUUUGUUUAUAAAGAUAACCGGAUAUGCUAAAUUUUCCUACGGAAUAUUCUAUGCCCCUACAACCGGUGGCGCAUGUCCAAAGCGAGGUGGUCAGUUGCAGAUCAAAAUGGCGAAGAGAGUUGCAGAGAGAGAGCUAACGCAAGAAAACUGGGAUCAGGAAGACGAAGAAGAAGAGGUGGUUAAACGUUUUAAGCUUAAAAAUUUCUAUGCUUAUUUUUCCUUCAUUUGAAAUUAGUACUCUGCCUUUUUCGCGAGACAGUCGCAAAUCUGAAUGUUUCUGGUGUGGUCGACAGCAUGGCCGGCGCGCAGAUUUUGUUAUUAAUUAGCUAAUUUCUGAUGACAAUAUCUCCGCAGGCCGGACAUUUCAAGGUCGCAUCCAGUGAAGAUUUAAGCAAAAGAAAGUGAGUGAACAACAGAAUUUUGUAGGUCAUUUUUUUUGAUAAAUCACUUCAAAGUCAACUUUUGAUGAAUUGAGGAUGCAGUUGACUAGAACAGUUAGUCUACUUGCCCUUUACUAAUGUAUUCGAUACCACAUGAGAGCUCUCUGUUAUUUUCAUAUUGAAGGAUUAUCAAGGCUAAAAGACGAGUACCGGUAAACCCAGAUAAACAGGUAUGUUAAGAUGGGCUAGGACAAUGUGAUCACAGUACAUCUGUACAUUGUUAAGAGUAAUCCCUCAUUGUUUUUCAGUCCUGGUCCCAAUUGUUCAAAAGUUGGAUAGCGUUAUCCAUCAGGCUCUGGUUGUUCAAACGCUGGAUAGUGCUAUCCACCGGAUAAAUGUUAGGGAAACCAUUGCGUUAUCCGCUGGAUAAUGAUUUAUCUGGCCCAGGUUGUUCAAACGUUGGAUAGCGCUAUCCACCGGAUAAAUCACGGGCUAUCAGACACGACUUUCUUUGCACGCUGCUGAGGAACAACUAAGCAAAACUUCAAGCUGCUGACAUAGUGCUUCUGAUUGGUUGAAACAAAUUCCCUCACAGCACAACCAAUCAGAAGGACUACCUUUAAAUAGAAAUGUAUAGGCUAUCAGCCAAGAUUUCAAAAUUAAUCAUCAGGAAUAAUCAAAUUAAUGCUCGUUUAUAUUGAACAAAGACAGAAAUAUUUCGAGAAGGAGAUGGGGCGAACACUUGAGGGCCUAAAAUUCUCUUAUCUCAGACUGGGAAAUGUGCAUUUAUGUACCAUCUGUCAAAAUUACAUUCCUGGUAGUUGGUCCUUGAAAAUUUGAUGUGGUACUUGAAAAGUACUUGAAAACUGGGGGGGGCAAUGUUUUGUAUGAACCCUGGUGAAUGAAACAAAACUCCCACAAACCAAUAGACAGAAUUAAGGACAGAUGUGGUGCUGUCUCUUAGAACACAACAGACAUGUACAAAAUAUAUUAGAAAAGGAUUAUCAGUUUUUUAGAGCCUCACAUGAGUCCAUUGAAAAGAAAACACCAAAGGUUUUACAUUCCUAAAUGUGUACAUUUGUAUUAAUUUUGUCAACAACAUUUAUUUAUGAGCUCGGAGCACUCCCUAGUAAAGUUCAACAUGUUAAUAUGCGUGAUCUGUGUAAGUGAGUUUUUGUUGUGUUUUUUUCUUCACUGCUAGGGUGGUGGCAUUUUUCAAGGCUUCUCAGGAUUUGCUGGCUUGAACAGCAACACCAAGGGUUUUGGCUCCAGCUCUCUCGCCUUCAAGCCUUUAACUGGAAUAUCAAGUCUUUCUUCAAGCUCAUCAAAUAUGUUCAGCAGUGCAACAUCUACAUCUACUAAUACCACACCUAGCCUUUCCUUUGGCAGUAGUAACAAUCAAAAUGGGUUCAAAGCUAUCUCUACAGAAAACUCACAAGCAGCUAAAGAAUUUAGCAGUUCUUAUAAUGACAACAUCAAGGCUUUAAAUGAAAGUGUUUCUUCAUGGAUCCAGAAACACAUAAAAUUGAACCCAUAUGUGGACUUAACACCAAUAUUUAAUGACUAUAAGGAACACAUGAAGAACAUUGACCAGAAGUUUUCUGGAACUGGGAAGCAGACAGACACCCUUGCAGCAAAAGAGAUAGUUACAAUGUCCAAUCCAUCACCUGCAGAAACAAGCUCAUCAACACAACUUGUAACAACACCUUCGCUCUUCACUGCUCCAUCUCAGCCACCACACACAUCAGAGGAAAACAAAUCAGAUGCAAACAAUUCAGGUGAGCAUGACAAACUUGUUUUGAAAACUACAUGUAUAUGAAUUUAAACAGCAGCAGGGCUUUCAGCCAAUUAUUUAUUAUUUGGCCAAUUUAUUAUCGAUUGGCUAAAAGGUUCUUUAUGGUUCUACCAAAAAUUAAUGAUCUAAUAGACUCCCAGGGUUUUUAUUUUACUUUAGGGGUCCAAGAGGGGGUGUUUGAUACAUAGCGGGCAUUUAAAAGAGAGAAAUGUUCAUUCUCAUAACUGUAAGAAGCUCAACAAAACUAAUGAUAAUGCUUUUGGUCAAAAUAUCAAGAGGGUUUAAAAAUAAUAGAAUAUCCACUCUGUCAAUGUUUUUGAUAUGUCUAAGCUGUCGAGAGAUUGUUGUUUUUGUUAGGCUAUCGUUACUUUGAACUAGACAUUGAACAAGACAAUAAUUAUCCAAACCCUUGCUAAUCAAGCCAAAAACUGAAUGAAUUGAAGGAUUUUUUUUCCUUUUUUGCUGAUUCAUAGUAUUUUGGAGUAAUUGUCAUAUAGGGGGUGUCUAUUAGAAAGGGGGCAUUUAUUAUAAGAGAGCUACCCCGUAACUAAUGCAGGCUGUAGCUUAUUAUUCUCUGCUUUUUGUAAUAAUAGGGUUUUAAUACUACACUUUAGUAAGGACUUCUAACAGUUUUAACAAAUAGAAGCUUUCCACACUUGUUGACAUAUCAUAUUAUUAUUGUAUAAAAUAGUAAUGAAAUUAUCAUGAUGAUAAAUUGAAAGGGAGUAUGGAGCAAGACUUUUGUCAGAUAUCAAUUCCCCCUAUGCUUUAGGGAAGGUAAUUUGGAACACAAGAAUGUGGCAAUUUCUCAGAAAAUUACUUAGGAAUUUUUUCCGUGUGUUCCUUCAAAUUUUUUCUUGACUAAAUGUCGUGGCAAAUCUAUGAUUAUCUUUGGGUUUUGACAUUAAAAGCUAAUUAAAUCCCUCGAAAGUUAUGCUAAUUUAAGUAUUGACAAAAAUGUUUUGUUCGUAGAAACACAAAGUACUGGACAGGAAGCUGUGGCUGGAACUUCAGGAGAAGAGACUAAUGAAGAUGAAGUUCCCAAACCACGAAGGUACAUUUCUUGAAGAACAUACACUGUACAUGUAUGGUUGUGAAAAUUUGCAGCAGAAAAGUUAAAAAUAAUGUGAAGCUCUUGUAUACAUGCGCAUGUACUUUCUUUGCCAGAUGUCUCUGCCAAAUCUCUAUUUCUUCCAAAUCCCAACACCAGCUCUUCCACAUGAUCCACAAAAUUAUCUGAUUCUCCACUGACCACCUCAUCUCCUUCUGCUCCGUGUACACCAUUUCUAUCAUAUAAUAAUAUUACAUGUAUCUCUCCUAGGUUCUGCAUGUGUUACCCUCUUGUUUUCCCAUUUUUCAUUCCAAUCAUUCUCAGCUCUUCUCUCCUACAGCUGUUCAUGUAUUAAUUUCCCACCCCCAUUUCUCCCAGUUCCCACUGCCAUAUCUUACCUUUGCAGGGUAUAUUCUAGAGCGUGGCCUUCCGGGAUUUCUGCAAUUUGGAUAAAAAUGCGGCAUGCUGCAUAAAAUUUACAUUGCCGCAUCAAAUGGGGCACACAAAAAAAAUUGACCCAAGGAGAGCCAUCUAAGAAUCCUUGUGAAAAUUCAGCAAUACCCAACUGGAGACCUCCCCACUUGAAGAAUAAUACGGGAGCACCAUGCGCCAGAAUUCCCUAACUCACAACUCUACUGGUGUUAGCGUGGUUUCAGUGACCAGAAUUAAACAAAAACGGCCCUAAGGAACAGGUUAGGAGAGUUGAUCUUUGAGUUGAGAUUUGAGAGUUGAGAUUUGAUUUUCAUGAGGUCUGUCAUGUAUGGCAUACAAAAGAGAACAGGAGAGUAGAAAAGCCACAAUGUGAAUCAUGAAUCACAGUGACUUUUUUCCUUAAAACUUGUGGCCUUAAAGGGACAAAAUUAUUCAUCCUAAUGUUGGAUGAAAGCACUGAAUACAUGUAUAUGUAGCAAAGAAGCUUUUCGUUUACGUUAAAGCAUUUAGUCAUUUUAACCUCAUGUUCAGUAUGUAACUUUAACCUCAUGUUUCAGUCUGUAAAUUAUAAUUUCAUUUCACAGUUUUCUCAUGGAACAGUCUGUACCAAUAAGUUCAAAUACCUUUUUAGGGGACCCCCUUUCUAAGACCCCCCCUUUUUUAAAAAAAGUUCUCCUUAAAAUUACAGAAGGGGGCCCAUUUGACCCUCGUUGGCCAAUUUCUAAGAUAAACCCUGCUUUUUGUCUUCCAGUUCCCACCCUUGUGCUUCAAUCCCCCCCCCUGCCCGCCCCUCAAGUCUAUUAUUUCCCACACACAUCACUCUCUGUUCCAAUGCAAGCACUUCUUUCACUCUGGACUAGUUUAUUUGGUUUUGCUCUUGGAUCUUAACCCUUUCUUCUCCAAGCUCCUGCCCUUGUCUUCUCACAGCUGUCCCCUUGUCCUUCUUUCCUGUUUCCCAUUCCUUCUAUCCUUUCUCUCCAUCCCACGUUUUUUUCGUUGUUCUUGGAGGACAGCUUCACCCACAUUUACAUGUGACAUGAUUAUGAAUUUUUUUCCUUCAGUUUCCCUGCUCCCACUUGUUCACAAGUGUCAUUUUCACUCCUCUUUUCCCCAAGUUUCAUCUCCUUUUCCUUCUAUCUUCUUCUCUGUCAAAGAGUCCCCCACUCUUCUCCUCACCCAUGUCUACUCUUUCUUCUUGCUCACAGCUACUGAAUUUGUUUUAUUGUGCUUUAGUGUUGUAGUUGCCGAGGAAGGGGCAUUUCAUUCCAUAAAGUGCAAGAUGUUUUUUAAGCGUGAUUCAUCAUGGUCUGAAUUGGGAAUUGGCAUGCUUAACCUGAAGAAACUGGAGGGAAAAACACAAGUGCUGGUACGAAAUGACACAACACUGGGGAAGAUUCUUUUAAAUAUUUAUCUGGCUGAAAGCACACCUAUCACACGUUCAGGAAAGAACAACGUGAUCUUGAUGUGUGUUCCAAACCCUCCCUUGUAUUCCAAACCCAGCGAGGGUGACAACAGCAAACCAGCAACAUAUUUAAUUCGAGUGAAGACUGCGGAAGACGCUGAUGAACUCUUUUCACUAUUAAACAAGAGCAAAUCCUCAAGUAAUUGAUAGUUUUACUCCAAACUUGAUGGCAGUGAGAAAACUGAAAAAUUUACUGUGUGGCUUAAAGGCACUGAAAUUUUUUUUCAAAUUCAGUGGUGGUUAAGGGAGAAUCUGGACAAUCAGAACCACUUCAUCCUGCAAAGUAAUUCUCACCACAGGAGAGCCAUUUAUUCACCUAUUUGGAUAUCCAUAGCUACAACUUCUUUCUGACAAAUUACCUUUAAAUAAGAAUAAAAUAAUACUGGCAGUUAAAUGUAAAUUUGUCUGCCAAAUGGGUGCAAAGUCAGUUUUAACAUAAAGUGGUAUCCUUAUGGGGAAACAUCAUUUUAGAACUUUGUGUCUAAUGAGAUUCCAAAGUGAGUACAAUCAUGUAACUUGGUUAAACAUCAUUCAGUAUUAAAUUCUGUUGAAUGAUGUUGCAACUAUAAGACUUAGUAGAACAUGUAUGUACAUGUAGCAUUGUUAUUUUUGUUAGGGACUGUUUGUCAUUAAACACCAUACAGUCAGCUCUCUCAACAGUCACCUUUAUAAGUCAGACGAAACAUAGUGCUCAUGACGUCCUUGAUUUUUGUCAGUUUUUUCCCUGACUCCCAGUUUAUUGGCAGACACAUGGUGCCCGUUUCUUGAAAAGUCCAGUAAUUUUUCGGAUCCAAAGUCAAAUUUUGCAAUCAAAACCUUUUGAAUGGUGAAUAGUAGAACAUUUCCUAGCACACAAACUGGUUAAUUUUUUACAGUUCAAAUACAGUGAUAAUACACAUUACUGAUACUGACUGGUAACCUUAAAAUAAUAUUAUGCUAUGAUUCGCCUAUGGAACUAGUUUUUUUAGCAAUUAGAAACGUUGUUUGUUUUUACAAACUUUACAGGCCUGCUACUCACAACAAUGAUGACUUAUUUUUAAAGACUUGAAUAGUUUGUAAU